CAGGCAGACUUUUGGUAACUUUUGGUAACUGAAGUUUUCUCAUGCAUAUUAAGAGCCUCGUUCAUAAUCAUAAAUGAUCAAAAUAAUUUUUUAAACGUACAUGUUUGCCACAUAUUUGUAAUUUAUUCAGAAAACAAACAAUAAUACUUGAAAUAUAAUGAUAGUUUAUAAAACUGUAAUUGUAAGAGCGACUUAUCCUUACAUGUCGAUAGAAUAAUAAAUAAUGAUAAUUAUAGUAGUAAUCAAAUUUAUAUUGAAUUAUAUCGUGACAUUUUUUUACUAUCCAUAGUAGAUGAUUUGUGUCGUCAACGGUUGAUCAAUUUUAAUUUAAAUUUUGACGCCUCUCACGCGCCCUUUUGAUUUUGGCGCCCUAUACCGUCGCACGCAACAAUCGUAUCUAAAGCCGGCUCUGGUCCUGUUGCCCAGAGCAGCAAAUUUUUAAAUUUUAGUAACAAUUUUCUAUUCUGUAGAUAAUAAUAUAUCCCCAUGGAAAUAUUAAAUUAUAAUUUGAAUAGCAAGGCUCCCAGACAACAGUGAUAAUAUCAAUGAAAUAUAACAGAUAUUAGUACUAGAAUUUUUCAGGAAUUUUUGUAUAAAUAAAUGUUAACAACUUUAUAAGAGUUAUUAACGAAAGUUUAGAAUUUAUAUAUAAAUUGACGAGAGUCAAGAGUAUAACAGUAAAAUGGGUAUAGUUUAUUCGACGUUGAGAAGAAUUCGAGAAGCGUUCAGCAGCAGAUCGAAAACAACCGAAUCGAGAAGUGAAACCAGAAAUUCACAAUCGACGAAUUCAUGGUUCAGAAGACUUCAGAAUCGUAUAAUGUCCCGCGUGCACCGGUUUACUAAUCGAUCCUCAGUACGCGUUCGUGAAGACACGAAGAUACUGAGUUGCGAUUCUCCGGAAUCUGUAAUUGUGAAUCAAACUGGACGAUGCCAGCUACCAGCGGUACAACCUGAAUGCAUAAAUGCACCCAACAAUCAAUCAAUUGUCAACGACAGUCGAAUCACGCACAACUACAACGAACAACUGAUCCCAUACAUGAACCCCGAACCAUCAGCAUCGGUUUUAUGUACUGAGGCCUAUGAAAUAAUGGAGAGGUCGACACCUGUAAUAAGUGCCUGGGAAUCCACAAAUAUUCCAACAACUUCAUUGAAUGCCGAUGAUUUAAGAUCAAAAUUAUCGAAUGAAUUAUUGGAACAAGAAUCUAAUAAAUUGCUUACUGAAUCAGAAAAUAUGAAUAAGUUGAACAUUAGGUCGACUAAUUACUCGGUGUUUGAUCAAUCAUGGAAUGAUUAUUUUGUGAUUAAAUCAUUGAUAACCACUAUGACGUCGGCAAAUUUUAAGUUAUUAACGGAAGAAUUGUUGUUUAACAUUACGACUGUUGAACAUUUAGAAAAAACAAUUCAAUUAAUCCUAGAAAUGGUGUUUUAUAACCCUAAAUCAAUUCCCAUUUAUGUAUAUAUUUUUUGUAAAUUGGAAAAUAUCGAAAGAAGUUACAAUAGCAGGUUUAAUACUGGAUCCUUCAAAAGGCAAUUGUUGACGCAAUGCGAAGAUCUACUACACUCAGGAAUGAUUGAAAACAAAAUUAAUUCUAGAGGAAUUUACACAUUUAUCGGCAAGUUAUAUUUGAAAAAUAUGUUACCGUACCAAAUUAUAGUGGAUUAUUUAAACUGGUCGCUCGAUAAGGAAUCGCUGGCAUACGUAGAGAACGUGUGCUAUUUCCUAAUAAUCGUCGGAAAGAAAUUGGAUAAAUCGUACAAUCUGAAAGAAACUACGGAGAAGAUGAAACUGCAGUUCACCUCGAAGGUUCUCAACGUGUGGUGCGCGUAUUAUUUUUACAUGGAAAACUUCUCAUUGGUCGGUGAUGGCCAGUCGAACCGGUUACCACGGACGUCCGAACAGUUUGCGGGCGACGAGGGACCGGACGCGUUCCGGAACGUGGACGGUUGGCCAUUGGGUACAUUGAAGAUCGUGACAUCGAGGACGUCAGCAUGGUCGAUAUGAACGGCGACGAGUUCGUGUCCGGCUGUUCGUCGGACACCAGUGGCGAUGCACAGGGGGACAGAAUUAAAUCGUAGUUGGACGAAAGUUUUUUUUUCGUGUUACAUCUUCUCAAAACUUACUAAUCCACGCUCAUUAGAAGCAUUGUAUUUGUUUUUGUAUUAUUGUAAUUGUAUGUGUAUUUUGUACUUUGUACGAGUAUUACGUUUUGAAAUUAUUCGAGUACGUUUUCAUUCGAAUAUUCAUAAAGCUAUGUUCUAUUAUCAACUUUUUUACACAAUUUGUUUAUACUUGUAAUAAAAAGACCGUAAAUCAUUCGGACUACUGACUUUCUUAACUGUGUUUGAAAUCCAGUCGGAUAAUUAUUUUAUUCGAACAGUUGUGAAAAAAAAAAAUCGUUCGCAUAAUAUUCAUUCGAAUGAUUAUUUUGGAUA